AAAAAUGAUAAAUUGCAUGGCCUUUGUAUAGUGUAUGACAAAAAAUAUAAAACUCAAAAACAGACAGCAGUUAGGACAUUAGGAUGCUGUCCAGAAGUAAAAAAAAAAAAAAAAAAAAAAAAAAGUCAUGCAUUUAGCUCAUCAACCCCACGAACCUUUGUUAUGUCUUAGACAGCCAGAGCCGUCUGGAAUUUCUAUUACCUCGUGACAUAGUACACUGAAAAUAGCAGCUUGUUUGGUCAUGGGCCGCCCGUCAUACCACUGUGGAUGUUUGAGACAUUCACUUACAGUUGGAGUAGAGAGACACGGGAGGAGCAACAGACAACGCAGCUGCUGUCUGCAGACAGUGAAAGAGGUAAAGGUCCUUGUAACAGCCACAGCAACAUCCAAAACAGAGAACCAAGAACAGAUUCUUAGUGGAUCUACAUCAUUUUCUCUGAGCAAUUUUUUCUUCAUAAACAGUGCAAAAAAAAGUAAGUGAUCUCACGGUUUUGAGGGAUUAAGGGGGAUCAGUGCAGCAGAUUAGAGUGAUACUGGACAGUAAUGGCAGUAGCUAAUCCGUACUCCAAGGAGUGGGAGGAAUGGAAGAGAGGGAUGGAGGAGAACAGGAGCAGGAGAUGGCGGGAGAGGGUGAGCCGUUGGGCGAAUGUGGAGGUGAGCGAUGAGGAGGAGGAAGAGGAGGAUGAUGGGCAGGAGGCAGAGAGCAAGGGCUGUCGGGAAGAAGAGGUGAGCACAGAUGAGGAAGAGGGAAAAAAUGUAGAUAUGGGGUUAGAGACGGAGGAAGAAGGAGAAAAUGAGGCGGGAAGGGGGAUUGAGGUGGUCGAAAAGGGAGAUGAGGAGGAAGACAGGGAGGCGAUAGAAGUGGAUGAUAAUGUGGAUGAGGAAGAAGUGGAAGAAAAUGCGAUGGAGAGGGAGUUUGAGGUAGUGGAUGAGAAAGACGAGGAACUGAAAAAACAAGAAGAGAUUAAGGAGAGCAAAAAUAAGGAUGAGGAGGAAGACAGCGACAUGAAGAAUGCUAAAGAAGCGGCGGAAGAAGAAGAAGAGAUAGUGAAUGAGGCAGAGAGGGAGGUUGAGGAGAUCAAGGAGGUCGGUGCUGUGGAGGAGAAUGAAGAAACGGAAGAAGAGCAUGUAGAGGAAGUGGAGAAGGAAGCAGAGGAACUGAGGGAAGAAGGGGAAAAGAUUCAGGAGAACAGAGAGAGGGAUAAGGAAGACAGUGACACAAAGGAAGCUAAAGAAAUGGGGGAAGAGGAAGGAGAAGGAGAGAAGGAGGUGCAGGAGUGCAAGGGGGUGGAUGAAGAGGAGGAGAAGGGAGAAAUGGAAGCAGAAGACAUGGAGGAAGAGAAUGAGAUGGGGCGGGAGGUUCAAGCAUGUGGGGAGGUUGAGGAAAAGGAAGUGAAGGUAGCAGAAGAAGCGGAGGAUGAGCAGGAAGGAGAACAGGGGUUUGAUCGCGACGUGAGGUGGGACGUGGAGAAGGAUAGACUGGACAGUGAAAAAGAGCAGGUUGAGGAAGAAGAUGAUGAGGAAGAGGAGCAUCAGGAACAGGAUGAAACUGGACAUUGCCUGGCGGAGCAGUUCAGAGAACAGUUGAGAACUGAGGAUGAGAGCAUUCGGCAAAAUCAAGAAAGUACAAGCCGAGAAGAGGAUGAGGUCGAUGCGGGAGAGGACUUCCCAGAUUCAUUUGAAUCUGAAAAUGAAGAUUCUGACUUCACGGGAUCUGAUUAUGAUUAUUACAACUUCCAAAGGCUGCAGGACGAAGAGAGAGCUGUUGAGGAACAAUAUAAGCAUCUUGAGGAAUUGGAGGAUCCUGCCGGUAAGUCGUGGAGGAGUGAAAAUAGCCUUUCAGAGAGAAAAGAACAGGAAGAUGAAUGUGACAAGCUAACAGGUGAGGAAGAAACGGCCACAGAAUCUUUGACGACUCAAGACAAAGCGUUUCAAGAUGAUCAUGAGAAGCUUGAAGAGGACGAGUCUACAGACGACGAGGCAGCAGCACUCUCAGCGGACGACGACGAAGACAACAAUGACGAAGAUGUGGUGAAGAUUUACUACAAAAAAGCCUACCUCACAGAUGCAUUCAGCACCUUGACGGAGUUCAGGAGCUCAUCCCUUCUCACUGAUCUUACUCUGAGCACAGAGGACAGGAAGAGUUUCCACGUACACUCCCUUGUCCUGGCAGCUGUCAGCUCACUUAUCCGAGAAAGUCUGAGCAGAUGCAAUGUGGAAAACGAAAGAGAAGAAGUUAGAGGAGUCCACAGGUGGUCCUUGUCUCUGGGUCCGGAGGUGGAUCAUGUUGGAUUAGAGGCAGUCGUGGAGUUUGCCUACAUUGGUCUCAUAUCGUGUCUGAACAAGGAUACUGUCAACCAGAUUAGGGCUGCAGCUCAAACGCUGGGUGCCCCCAGGGUGCUCGAUCUCUGCAAGGAGGAAGAGGAAAAGUCCAAAAAAGCAGGAGGGCAAAAGAAAGAGGAAAGACGGUCAGCUGCAGAUCAAAUGAUGAUCAGUCUCCAGUCCAUCAAACAGCUGUGGAGGGACAGAGUGGGCUGUGACGUCGUUCUGGAAGCUCUUGGAGGAUCAUUUCAUGUCCACAGAGUCAUGCUGGCGGUGUGCAGUGACUUCUUCCGUGGCAUGUUCACCUUGGGGAUGAAAGAGUCCCUUCAGCCUGUUGUGACCCUUCCCUUCCUACUGGCGUCAGAGCUGCAGGUUCUGAUUGACUGCUCCUACAGCGGGGCGCUCCCCCUCAGCUGGAGCUGUGUCUUCGAGAUCACCACCACCGCUCUCCAGCUCCAGUACCAACCUGCCCUCUCCUUGUGCCUUACCUUCCUGCAACAAGAAAUAAAUCCUCACUCCUGCCUCGAUGUUGCAUCUUUCGCUGAGGCCUAUGAGAUGGUCCAUCUUCUUGAGGUUGCGGAAGAUUUUGUUUUGCGGCAGUUCCAAAGGGUGGCGCGCACGUCCAAGUUCAAAGACCUGCCAGCCAAGCAGCUCCUGAGGUACCUGAACAGUCACUCGCUCUGUGUUCCAUCUGAGCUUGUUGUAUUCAAAGCAGUAGUGGCAUGGAUUCAAGCAAAGCCAAAGAAAAGGCUGAGGCUUGCUAAAGAACUAAUGAAAACCAUCCACUUUCCCCUGAUGACUUUUAAAGAAUUCAAAGAGGUACAAUCUAUGAACAUGUGGUCUGAUCACAGCCUGGCAGAGCUCUAUGAAGCAGUUUUUGAGGAUUUCUGUGCCAACGAAACUCCACCGCAGAGUCAAUGCCGCAUCUAUCUGCCGAAGGAGAGUCUGGUCUUGGUUGGAGGUGACCAGACCUUUGAGGACUUGGGCAGCCGCAGCAUCAGCAGAGAACUCUGGUUCGGGAAUUCCUUACAGAACCACACAGGGAUUAGAAAGGCCAUGGAGUGGAGGAGAUUGGGAGAGAUGCCGGAUCCGGCGAGGUUCAGUCAUGAGGUGGCUGUACUUGAAGGACAACUUUACGUGUUUGGAGGCAAGAAGUAUUACGGUACCAGCGACACACUAAAUUCUGUCUGCAGGUAUGACCCCGUUCGAAACAGCUGGGAGAGCCUAGCUGAAAUGCAGGAGAAGAGAUUCUCUUUCUCCGUGGUUGUGCUGGAUGGAAAGAUAUAUGCAAUCGGUGGUAAUUCUGACCUGGACUAUAUAGAGGGUGUGGAAUGCUACUGCCCAAUUGCAAACUCUUGGAGCUUCGCCUGCCCCUUGGAUCUGCCUCUGAGUGCCCAUGUAGCAAAAGUUUUACAUGGACAGAUCUUUGUCUCCGGUGGGCUGAGCAGCAACGACCAAUGUCUUGCUUCCAUGUUCCUGUACCACCCAGAGACAGGAAGCAAUUACCUGGCAAACAUGACUGAACCACGAGCUCAUCACUGCAUGGAGACCCUGGGUGAUUGUCUUUACGUAGCAGGUGGAAUCACCAUGGGCAAUCUCAUAAAUUUUGUUGACCAGCUAGCUUGCGAGGUGUAUAAUCCAGAGUUAGACUCGUGGACCGCCUUCACAUAUCUGCCAAUGCCACAUGUAGGAGCAGGAGGUGCUGUUUUGGAGGGAAAGUUUUAUGUGCUUGGUGGAUACACCCAGGAUGACUACAGUGACACAAAGUUGGUCCAUCGUUACGAUCCCACCACACAGAGAUGGGAGAACAUGGGCAAGAUGCCUGGACCGAACAAUGACAUCCGUGCAUGUCUGCUGCGUUUGCCACCACACUUCCGAUUGUAAGACAUAUCUGGUGACAUACACCAACACAACUGUUUUUAUGGUAACACUUUUGCAAGUCCCAAAAGUUCAUGGUAAGUAGGUGGGAAAAAGAAAUAUAUUUGAAAUGCGAUGUUCUUUGAAAUUACCCCCAACCUACCACAAUAACUACCUCAGAAUUGGUUGGGAAUUAGCCCAAUAUAGUUAAGUUAUUUUUUCAACAAGCAUCAAUUAAUAGCAAUAUCAAUAGCAGGUAGUUCUGAAACUUCCACUUGGUUUCUGACUAGCUUUCUGCUGAUAGCUACAUUUUGAUUAUCUAUACAUUUCUGCAUAUCCCUUCAGAAGGCAACUACAUUGAAGUGAGUUGCUGCUGCUUGAUUUCCAAGCAUUGCAACUUUUAGAAAGAGGGGAAUUUGUUCCUUGAUUCUUGAUGAUGAAGUUGUGUUUGUUAGUAUUUAGCAAUUGAUGGUGGCAAAAAAAGGAAAUUGAGGAAAACUGGAAGUUUGGACUGAUCUGCUAAAAUUACAGAAAUCAAUUGGUCAACUAAACUUGUUGGAAAUGAACAACUCACUUUAAUUCAGUGGCUUAAAAAGGGGAACUUAAGCAGAGACCAAUUUGAUGUUUUCUCAAGUGUAAUGAAAUCAAAACAUUUCGAGGUUAUUAUGGUAAAUAGUGGUUAAUUUAAAAAAGUUUCAAAUAUGUUACUUGGUAAUUACCACAUACUUACCAUCAAAUUUGGGUACCUGUAAAAGUAAAAUUUUACCAUUGUUUUGUAUAAGUUUAAUAGUUAUUAAUGGUGCAAUUGGCCAUUCUGGAGGAAACUACUUGAUAUUUGAUUGAUUAAUUGUUGAUGCUUUGGAUUGUGGAUGAGGCCAUCCACCAGCCAUAAGUGUGAACAAUCAACAGUCACCCAUCAUCCACAUUGCAUCUUUAUUUCUACUGCAUGUUAGCUACAGUGGUAUUUUUGUUAUUUAGCAAACAUUGUUUGUCGGUGGGGUAAAGAUGUAUGUCUCAGCAACUUGACAGCUUUUUCAUGAUUAAUGUAUCUUGCAUAGUAUGUAGGAUAUGUGCGUAAUGUUAUGCAUUUUGGUGAUGCACUGGAUAUUCCAAAUUAUAAAUGGUAUUCAGAAGGUGCUUUGGUAAAACUAAGACGUCAGAUUUUCAAAACCAAACAUUGUACAAAUAUUUUUUACAUGCUUUACU